AUGUACAUACCGUACGAGUCCGCCGAACUCUGCAUCACUCAGAUAGCUGACGACAUGGCAGCAAUGAAGAGAAGACACUUGGAAAUGGUGCAAGAGCUGGAGGAGAACUUACAGAUCACAGCACGGGAGAACCAGGAAUGGUCCAUGCAGAAGAUCCGAUCUCAUUACCAGAACAAGCUUAACGCUCUGCGGAGCAUCCUGGACCUGUACCAGGGGAAGGUGGAGAAGAAGAACACUGACUGGGAGAAGAGAGUUGCGGCCUUGACUGCUCAGAACGAGCAGCUGCUGGAGGAGCAGAGAGCUGAGAGGAGUAGGAGUAAAGAGGAGGCCCUGCAGUGGCACAGAGAAAAGAGCAAAAUGCUGGAGCUUUUCUCCACCAGGCUGGACAUCCUGCACAGCCACCAGGCCUCCACACUACAGGAGCUGCAAAUGGCCCGACAGGAAGUAGGGAAAGUACAAGAAAUGUUGAUGGUGUCAUCACAGGACCGGCAGGAAGCCACAGAGGAAGGUGCAAGCUCAGGCAACAAUGGACAACGACAGACUUUGGAUUGCAGUGAGUCCGAUCUGCCACUGGAGGGGGCCAAAGCCCGUCUGGAGGAGCUGAAGGAGAGUUUGUACCAGAGGGAGAGAGAGAUCACUGAGCUGCUGGAGGCAGAGAGGAGGCCUGUCCCUCCCAUCCCUCAGCCACCCUGCAGUGUUCUUCUUCCGACUGUCAUAUACAAGGCUCAUGCGAUCUGCAGUGCAGUGGCUGAGACCAGAGCUCUUUUGAACCGGAUGAUUGAGCAGAAUUGGGUUGCUCUGGUUGAAGCCAGAGACAAACUGAACCAUCUACAAAUGACUAGAAAAGACAGUAAUGACAGAGUGGAGGAGACCACUGAUCAAGAAAGAUCAUAUGAAUAUGAGUCAAGUUUGUCUUUACUGCAAGAAAGAGUGAGAGAGUACGAGGUCUCUCAAAUGGCUUUAGACUCCAUCAAAACUGGAGAAAGUCCCGUAACAAAUGAUUGUGAUGUGGCCUCAGAGCUGGAGGACAUUUUGGGACAUGGGACGAUCCGAACCACAGAGGGAGUGAAAAGUGUUGGUCAGCAGCUUCUCUUGAUGCAGGAUCAGCUAAAGCAAAUUCAAGGAGAGAAUAAGAAAAUAAUUGAGAGCUACACUUCGGAGAGGGCAAUGAGGAAGAAAUUCUACAAUAUGGUGGAAGUUAUGAAAGGUAAAAUCCGAGUGUUUUGUCGGAUUCGGCCAGCGAGCGGGACCGAGGCUGCACAGGGUGGGGCCGUCGUCGUGGAUAAAAUAGAUGAGUACUCUGUCAAGGUGGAAACCCCUCGCGGGCCGAGGGAGUUUCAGUUUGACAAGGUGUUCUGUGCUGAUGCCUCUCAGGAGGACUUGUUUCAUGAUACUAACAGACUGAUCCAGUCAGCUAUUGAUGGUUACAAUGUCUGCAUCUUUGCGUAUGGCCAGACGGGCUCAGGGAAGACCUUCACCAUGGUGGGGGACAAGGAACUAAAGAGCCCCGGGAUCAUGCCGAGAUCUUUUCAUGCCAUAUUUGACAUCAUAGGGGAGAAUAGCACCAAAUUUGACUUCAAGGUUUCAGCCUAUAUGCUUGAGCUGUACAAUGACAGGCUGCAGGACCUCUUUGUGAGCCUGGCCGGUGAGGCCCAUGCACAGCCCCAGUCCCAUGGCCAGGCCAGGCGGGUGGAAAUCAAGAGGAACAGAAAGGGGGUUGUGUUCGCCCAAGGAGCAGAGACAAAGGAGGCUUCCAGUGCCCAGGAGCUCUACGCUCUGUUCCUGCAGGCCAGCGCCAACCGACACAUCUCUGCCACCAAGAUGAAUGUGGAGAGUUCCCGUUCCCAUCUCAUUGUUGGCAUCAUGGUGGAGAGCAGGAAUCUGACCAAUGGGAGCGUGAGCACUGGGAAGCUGAGCCUUGUGGACCUGGCAGGCAGUGAGAGAGCAGCCAAGACUGGCGCCAAGGACCACCAGCUGAAGGAGGCCAACUCCAUCAACAAGUCUCUGAGUGCCCUGGGUGAUGUGAUCUCAGCCUUGUCUGCCGAACUGCCCCAUGUACCAUACAGGAAUAGCAAGCUGACACAGGUGAUGCAGGACUCCCUGGGUGGCAAUGCCAAAACCCUCAUGAUUGUCAACAUUUCUCCCUCAGAUUGCAACCUUGACGAGACUCUCACAUCUCUCAUUUACGCGACAAGAGUGAAGGCCAUAACCAACAAUGCUCAGAAAAAUUUGGAGAGCAAAGAGAUUGCACAGCUGAAAGAGGUGAUCAGGAAGCUGAGGUCAGGGGAGACUGUGGAAGAAGAGGAUGUUUGAACUGUACUAUGAUGCACAAAAGUGCAGUAAAAUGGUGGAAUUAGAUUUUUUUUUUAACAUUCUUGUUUCUUGUAUGCGUUGCUUCUUAGACCUUUGAUUUUGUCAUGUGGAGGGAUGGGUGACACGUCUAUAGGGGCACUGAUAGUGGCCUUCAGAGGAUUGCGUGCAGUUUGUUAAUGGGUGCUGCCUGCCUGCAUCUAUAGAAUGAGGCAGGGGGCCCCACAUGUAACUGAAUAGGAAAAGAGGAAGUCAGUUGGUCAUUCAGUUUGCCGUCUAUUGUAUGUGGUAAAAUGCAAUGAGUUUGUAGCCCAUUAGAACCUGAGAGGUUAAGUCUCAAGGACCCAUGACCUGUCCAUAUGUCGUUGCAGGGUCAGAUCCCAUGGCUGGGAAUAGAUGCUCUCAAACACGCAAAGGCCUUGUUUUGUUGUUGUUGUUGUUGUUGUUGUUGUUUUUCUGACUGUCAUGGGGUUCACUAAAUAAAAUUAGAUCUUUAUGACGGAAGUUAAAGGCUACUUAAAAUGUGUCAAUGUUGACAUGGGAAAUGUAUGGAUUUGGUCAUUGGCAUUGAUAUAUUAAAUGAAGUAGGCAAGGUCUCCGAGGUUUUAUUUCCCCUUGAAUGUGUUAAUGCUACUGUUUCAUAUAAGACAAGAAGGCAAUCAUUUAAUUGAGGAGGCGAAGAAAGAUGACUUAUGGUUAGUUUUUGGCCUUGGUUCGGACUAAAAGCAAAUCCAAGGUGGCACACGAGAUUGUUUUAGCCAGUGCUGCAUUUCAGCACAGAUGGACGAUAAUUUCUAUUUGUAGACUGUCCUUUGUCUGCAUUUGGGCCCGAACUUAAUUGUUCAGCAUUUUUUAUCUAUACCGCGGGCCCCACAAGUGCUUCCCUUGGUUACGCCACAUUAGAGCCAUGAUUCCUAUAGCUUUGCGUGCUGCGUUUUAUUGGCAGCUUUAGAUCAGAGGACACUCAGCGCAUGUUCACUGUGAUUUGUUAUUCUUUAAUGAGGGCCCUAGACUGCAGACUAGAACAAAAUGAGGGACAAAGACAUAGAGUGAUGCAGGGAGCACAUGCGGAGGGAAUAGGGUUGAUGAGGGGGGCUAAGGUCUCGUCUUCUGGGUGUGUUUUGUUAAUCAAUCCACAAAAAACAAUUCACUGUAAAUGGUUUACACACAUGACCACCCACAAGCAAACUGUGAUUGAUGCCUGAACACAGCAGGCUAGCCCUCGCUACAUGACUCCUGUCUGUGUGCUGCUGAUUACAAUCUGAGGGUUGCCAUACUUCUACAACAAGGAGAUUAGAAUGAUAGUUACCAAACUAUCUGGUCUACACAAAGAUGAUAAAUUAUAAAUAUAUAAAUCAACUCCAACUGAUCCAGAUUCAUGCUGCCCGAAUUCUGACCAGGACCGAAAGAGAAAAACAUUGCUUCUGUUCUAAAACCCUUUAAUUGGUUGCAUGUCAGCUUCCGCAUACAUUUUAGGAUUCUUUUACUUGUUUUUAAAGCACUUCAUGGUCUUGCACCUGUAUUUAUGUCUAACGUGCUUACAGUGUAUGAAACAGUAUGGCUCCUUAGGUCCUCUGGCACGUCAGUUAGCUGUUCUAAGGUGUAGGAGUAAAAACUUUGGUGUUAAAAUCUUUUAACAUAAGCUUAAAACUUAGGUCUUCAGCCUGGCUUUCGAUUUACAGUAGUAUGGUUAAUUUGUAUUGCACUAACCUGUAUGGAAGGUGCAAUACAAAAACAUACUGUGUUGUAAAUGUUAUUCUAUUUCACUGGUCUUUGAAUAUCAUAUUAUCUUAAUGUUUUUUACUGUCUUUUAAAAUCUAUCUUAUGGUUUGUCUUUAUCAGCAUUUGUUUUAUUCUUUUUAAAAUUUUAGCUCUAUACUUUUUAUCGUCUUUUAAAAUCUGUUUUACUGUAUUUCCAUUGUC